AUGCUUCUUUUUCGAUUAUUUAUCCUUUUUACAAGGACUUUUUCGCAAAUUUUGUAUUAUGAAAGUUUUACAAGCAAUUCAUUUACAACUUCUGAAGGUAUUUAAUUUAAUAAUUAAGAAUGGGUUUUAAGUGGCUAAAGUUAAAUAUAUAGUGACUGUGGUACUAUAAGACUGUUAGGAGGAUUUGGAGCUUUUGGUAAAGAUACUUCAGCUACAAAAUUAUUGUAGUUACCACCCCAUCAUACAAUCAGAAUAACACUUGAGUUUUGGAAGUAAGAGUUUGUUUUAGUUACUUUAGAAUUGAUUCAUGGAAUAAUGAAAUUUUUUUCAUUUAUUUAGAUUAAAUUUCAGGUUUUUAAUAGAAUUAUGGAAGUGCAGGUACUUAAUAUUGCGGAUUAUCGCAAGGGGAAACUAUACAGCAGAUAGUUAUUACAAAACAACAUAAUUUUUAAUCUCUUUUUAUCUUAAUGACAUCAAAUUUAGAUGGAACUCAUACAAAUGUAUUAUCAAUUUAAGUUAGGGUUAAAGGAAUCUUGGGGAAUCAGGGAUUUUAAAUUAUACAUAUACCCUUGUCCAUCGGGAUGCUAAACAUGUACUUCUACAGAAUCAAGAGAAUAAUGCAUAUUUUGGAAUAUUAUUGAUGAUAGUUUAGCUAGUAUUGAUUUUAACAAUUUUAAUCAUGAUGGUUGGAUAAUAGAUAGAGGAUAUAAAUAUAGUAGUAAUUGUUUAUGUAUCAAUGAUAAUUAAUUUAUUUAAAGCUAUUCCAAUGCUUGGAGGUUAUGAUUACACAGGGGAAUAUAGUUAUAUCAUCAAAUAACUUAAUUUAGCAGCUCAUAGUUAAGUGAAAAUUAAAUUUAGAUUUAUAUUUAUUGAUACAUGGAAUGCUGAAAAUGCCUAUUUUUAUGUUGACAAUGUUUAAAUCUGGACUUAAAACUUUGAUUACAACCUCAGAGUAAUUUAAAAUCUUUGCGGAUAGUCUUAUGAUGAUAUACCAUAUACUGAAGAAAUUACGAUAGCACAUUCAAGUUCACAAAUAACACUUAAAUUCAGUACUGAUUUAAAUUAAAAUCCAAAUAAUGAAUCUUUUGGAAUUAGAGAUAUCUAAAUAUAUAUUCGUAAUUUAUUUUGAUAUUUUUAGCUUGUAUUUUUGGUUCUUCUUUUAAUUAGGCUUGUGGUACAAUUUGUGGUAACGGAGAUUUAGAAUAAUUUGAAUAAUGUGAUGAUGGUAAUAUUUAUGCUUUUGAUGGAUGCUAUAAUUGUUAAUAUUCUUGUGUAGAAGGAUGCUCUAAUUGUAUCGAUGGUAUUUGUUUUGAAUGUGAUACUGGAUGGAUCUUUUAAUCAGAUUUUAAUACUUGUAUUGCAAUCAUUGAUGAUAAAAAAUUUUAAAUUUGGGAAGAAUGUGAUGAUCAAUUAAACUAUGAAAUUUGUGAAAAUGGUAAAUUUAUUUGUCCAUCAUCUUGUUUGAUCUGUUAAUUUGGAAUUUGUUUAUAAUGUUAAUUAAAUUAUGAAUUAAUCAAUAAUAAAUGUGAAUCUAUUUGUUAAAAUUAAUUAAUUGUUAAUGAUUUAUAAUGUAAUGAUUAAAAUUUAUAAGCAUUUGAUAAAUGUCAUCAAUGUUAUUUUGAAUUAGAAGAAGGCUGUAAAUUAUAAGAAAAUGGAAAUUGCAUAGAUUGUUUAGACGGAUGGAUGGUAGAAAAACCUAAUGAUAUUUGUAUCCCUAUAUGUGGAGAUUUAAUUAUUAAAGGAAAUGAAGAAUGUGAUAUUAACAAAGAUUCUAAAUAAUCUCUAGGUUGUAAUUAAUGUUUAUUCGAUUGUUAAGAUGAAUGUUCAGAUUGUAAAUUUGGAAUAUGUUAUGAUUGUAUUGCAGGUUGGAAAUUAAUAAAUUAAAAAUGUUAAUCUGAUUGUGGAGAUAAUUAAGUUAAAGGAUUAGAAGAAUGUGACGAUAUGAAUUUUAUUAGAUUUGAUGGAUGUAAUAAAUGUAAAAAUGAUUGUUAAAGAGAAUGUUCAUAUUGUUUUAGAGGGAUGUGUUUAGAUUGUAUAUAUGGUUGGCAUUUAAAUGAUCAGUUUAUUUGUGAACCUAUAUGUGGAGAUACUUUAAUUGCUUUAAUUACUAAUGAAGAAUGUGAAGAUUUUAAUGAUGUACAAUUUGAUGGCUGUUAUGAAUGUAAAUUAGAAUGUGGCCCUUAUUGUGAUACUUGUGUUUAUGGAGUUUGUUAUAAUUGUGAAUAUACAUUUACAUUGAUUGAUUAAAUUUGUCUUCCUAUCUGUGGAGAUGGAUUAGUUACUAUUGGAUAUGAAUAAUGUGAUGAUAUGAAUUUAAUCCCAUAUGAUGGUUGCUAUGAAUGUAAUUAUUAAUGUAGA